ACCAAUCAUCAUCAUCAUAAAAAAAUUAAAAAUGUUGCUGAGGAGUUCAUCAACACCAAUGCUCAACUCUCUCAUCAAUGGUGAAAGCCCUCACCACCACCACAACAACAACAACAACAACCACCAUGCUCACAUCUCCUGCAACCUCUCCUCUCCCUUCUCCGACUCCUCUCCCUCCUCCUCCUCCGGAGUUCGCCGUACCCGCUCCGAUGGCAACCUUCACUCUCUCCUCUCCGACCACCACCAUGAAUCUUCUUCCUCUUCUUCUCGUAGAUCCAACCCUAUGCUUGAAUCUAUCCCUUCUUUCUCUGUUUACAACUCAAAGCUUCCACAAAAUCUAGAAGAAGAAAAAGAGGAGGAGGAUGAGAAAGAUGAAGAUCAGGAGGAGGGUUUGGGGAUUGAAAGGGAGUUUAGUUUCUCUAGAGGGAAACAAGGUCCUUUGUUUCUUGCCCGUGGGCUUGGGAUUGAUAGGGUUGCUUCUGGGAUGAUGCUUGUGGGUGGUGGUGGUGGUGGUGGUGGUGGUGGUGAGAUGGUGGAAAUGGAGAUGUAUUAUAAGAAGAUGGUGGAUGAGGAUCCAAGUAAUGCUUUGGUGCUUAGGAAUUAUGCCAAGUUUCUCUAUGAGAUAAAAAGUGAUCUUCCGAAAGCUGAAGAAUACUACUCAAGAGCUAUAUUAGCAGAGCCCGGAGAUGGAGAGAUCCUUUCACAGUAUGCAAAACUAGUGUGGGAAUUGCACAAAGACGAAGAACGAGCGUGCACCUACUUCGAACAAGCAAUUCAAGCCUCUCCUCAUGAUAGCCAUGUUGCGGCGGCAUAUGCGAGCUUUUUAUGGGAAACAGAAGAGGAUGAAGAAGAGGGAGUGAAUGAGUUCAAUGGAGCACAAGUUUCUCAUGGAACUUUGACUUCUGCUACUGCUUGAGAAAUGGUCUAAUUCUGUUCUAAUGUUAUGGGACUGACUUCUUGUUAUCUUUUGUUUUAGUUGUUGUUUGUUAAAGGAAUAAAAACAAGAAAGAAGCUUUGACAUUUUCUGUGUAGUAAUAAUACUGAGUUUUGUAACUUUGUUCAUGAAUAUAAAUAUAUAUUAUUAGAAAUGCAAUUUAA